AUGGGAGGAGCUUAAGGCAAUAUGGGAAUAUCCAAUUCCACUCCAUUCGAUAUUAAGGUCUCACUUCACUCAGAUAGGAAAAUGGUUACUAAGGAUUCAAGUAAAACAUCAUUCAAUGUGGGAUUGAAUGGUGGGUACGCAGGAGUAGAAGCCGGAGGUACUUUCGGUUACACUGGAGAGGUGAGUGCUGAAUAUGUCCACUCACUCGUUGAUCCAAACUUUAAAGGUUUCACGACUGUCAAUGCCAACACUAGAAAAGAUUGGGAGAACCUAGAUCUUACUAAAACUUGGUGA